AUGGCCGUCAUGGGCCCAGUGUCCAGGAAACCCUCGCCGCGGGACGUCGAGUCCUUCACCCGAGGUGAAACAGUCGCUUGUCCCUUCCCGACCCUCACCGCCGCCUUCUACCACCACGCCGCGACAUACCCGUCCUACGUAGCAGUUCGCGAUCUUUCCACAGGUGUCCCCCGCGAGUUGACAUACCGUGAACUUGCCGGCCAUGCUCAGAUUCUUGCCUUGAGGCUUCGCGCCCUCGGCGUGCAGCCGCAUCAGAGGAUACCCCUCGUCGUCAAGCGUGGUCUGGAGAUGGUCGUCGGUAUCUGGGCAAUUCUCUCGUGCGGCGCCCAGUACGUUCCUCUCGACGGCGGAGUGGUGCCAGACUCGACGGUCCGGCACGUUGUCGAACAGUCCGAAGGCGAAAUCGUCCUGUGCCUCGCCUCGACGGAGCACCGAAUCCGAAAUCUCUUCCCUAGCCUCACUCCCGUGCUCAUUGACCAAUGCAUGGCCAACUACCCUACCGGCGCCUUCGCCGCGGACCACUGGAUCGAUCUUGCGACUCCCGAUGCAGGCUGCUAUGUCAUUUACACAUCCGGGACUACUGGGAAGCCCAAAGGCGUCGAUGUCACACAUAAAAACGUGGCCAACCUGGUCUGUCUCUACCCGGGAGGGCUAGGGGUCCGUCCAGGGAUGUCCGUCGGGCAAGUCCUCAAUAUAAGUUUCGACAUGGCCGCGUGGGAGAUCUUUGCAUGUCUGUGCAAUGGUGGCACCCUUGUUGUCCGGGGUUCCAAGUGGGAGCCCACCAUCCGGGAGCUCGACGUCCUCAUCUGCACACCAACCAUCCUGUCCAAGUACCACCCCUCCGUGUACCCGAAGAUCAAGGUCGUCGCCACGGCCGGCGAGCCUACCUCCCAGGACCUGGCCGAUCUCUGGGCCACGCAUGCCACCUACUGGAACUGCUGUGGCCCUACCGAGACGACCAUCGUCAACACCAUGUCCAAGCAUAUCCCCGGCGAGCCGACGUCCAUCGGCCGGCCCACACCAAACAACACCGUCUACGUCCUCGACGAGAAGAGCGACCCGGUUCCUGUCGGCGUUGCUGGCGUCAUGUGGGCUGGGGGCCACGGCGUCACUCGUGGCUACGUGGGGCUCGAAUCCAAGACAAAGGAGGCCUACAUUCCUGACAAAUUCGCUGGCGACGGAUCGCACAUGUACUGUACCGGGGAUCUGGGCCAGUGGAGACACGACGGGAACAUUGACAUUCUAGGGCGCUGCGACGACCAGGUUAAAGUCAAGGGAUUCCGUGUGGAACUCGAUGGUGUCUCCUCGUCGCUGGCAUCCGCGCCGGGGGUCACUCGCGCCACGGCGCUCCUGAUCGACGGAGACAUUCACGGCUUCAUCGUCCCGUCAAAACAAGACAUCGAAUCUGUUCUCCAGCACGCACGCAAGCUGCAGCCGUACUACGCCAUCCCGACCAAGGUCCACCAGCUCGACGAAUUCCCCACCACCCCCAACGGCAAGAUUGACAAGAAGGCGCUCCGGGCCCUUGCUCUGGAACCUGAGCGGCCCGAGUCCCCCGAGAAGACCGCCAGCGACUGCGGAACAUUGGUGGAGACGCGCUCCAUCUCCUCGACCUCGACCCUCACUGCCGAUCCGGAGAAGUUCGAUCUCUCCAAGGAGAUUCCCGACAAGGGUGUUCCGCAGCCCUUCCGCGGUCUGCGACACAGGAUCCUCAUUGUCUAUCGCACCUUGUUCAGCUUCAUUGGCAUCGUCAACAUCGGCGCGCUCAUUGCCCUUCUUCUGCUGCAUGCCGGACCGGAAUGGCUCGGCACCCUCACGGCUGCCAACCUCGUCACGGCGGUGCUCGUCCGCCAGGACAUGGUCAUCAAUGUUCUCUACACCAUCUUCUGCUCCGUGCCCAAGGCGGCGCCUUUGGCUAUCCGUCGCCGAUGCGCCAAGAUCUACCACCUCGGAGGCGUUCACUCGGGCGCAGGCGUGUGCGCAACUGCUUGGCUGCUGGCAUCUACGGUCCGGUCGACGAUCGCAUACGCGCAAAAGAACACCACGGACUCGCCCGCAUCCAUCUUCGUCUCCUGGGUGUUGUCGCUGCUCUGCUGCACCAUUGUGGGCUUUGCAUACCCGACCUUCCGCAAGAAGUAUCACAACACCUUUGAGCGUCUUCACCGCUUCCUCGGCUGGACCGCCCUGGCUCUGUUCUGGAUUCGCACUAUCCUGUCCGUCUACGACGCCACGCCCGCGGGCGAGGACCUCGGCAUUGCGCUCGUCCACAGCCCUGGCUUCUGGAUGCUCGGAAUUGCAACCUGCAGCAUUGCCUCCUCGUGGUUCUGGCUUCGCAAGGUCGACGUCGAAUCCAUUCCGCUGUCGGAUCAUGCCAUCAUGCUUAACUUUGGCUACACUUUCCCGGUGAACGGCAGCUUCACACGCAUCUCGAGGCGGCCUCUGCUGGAGUGGCACUCGUUCGCGACUAUCCCACAGCCGCAGGCGAACGAGCUUACGAGCCAAAGGGGGUACUCUCUUGUCGUCUCCAACGCGGGCGAUUGGACCAAGUCGUGCAUCCGCAACCCACCCACCAAGCUCUGGGUCCGCGGCGUACCUACCUGCGGCGUCAUGCGCAUUGCCACCCUUUUCAACCGCGUCGUGGUCAUCGCCACCGGUUCUGGUAUCGGGCCGCUUCUUGGACACAUCAGCCAGCCCAGCUGCCCGACGCAACUCAUCUGGUCAACACCGAAUCCUGAAAAGACGUUCGGCAAGGCCUUGCUCGACACCAUCUUCAAGACAAUCCCGGAUGCGGUUAUCCACGACACGAAGAUCAAGGGCCGGCCUGACCUCGUCAAGAUGGGAUACAACCUUGCGAAAGAGUUUGGCGCUGAGGCCGUCAUCAUCAUCGCAAACGAAAAGAUCACCAAAAAGGUCGUAUACGGCCUGGAGACGCGGGGCAUUCCCGCGUAUGGGGCUAUCUGGGAUAGCUGA